AAUGAAAGCUAUAAAUCAUACUAGGUUCAUUUAUUAAAACCUUUCAAGCUCAAUGGAGCAACAACGCUCUCCCCGUCCCAGAAAAAUGGUGCGUUCCAAGCUUGGACUCGCCCACAGGUGCAACUGGAAUCCAUCUUGGCUCAAUGCGGAGCCGCAUCCCGCGUUAACAUCGGGCGCCUUGGAGCCCAAAUGAACGCGCCCGUACUCCAGUUUCACACUAUUGAUUCCGUUCUCCAACAAGAGUUGCUAGGAUGCAAAACAUCAUCUUUAUAAGCUCUACCGACCCCUAUCUGACACGUUCAGUACUCAGCCUCAUCUACAGCCUAGUUUUUUUAUUUAAAUAAGACACGAUGAGUCCUGUUUACCUGCGCACAGACUAUCGAUUUGACGGUGUCAACUUGUCAAAAUGACGCAAGCGCAGGGGAUUAGAUGCUGACUUGUGCAUUCGCUUAUCUAUUAUUAUUAUUAAUAUAAAACAUUAUAUAAUGGCGACGGAAUGCACGCAAGAAUCCGUUCUGGACUUUCUAUUGGAAAACGGGGGGCGAGUGAAAAACAAGGACUUGGUCGCGCAUUUUAAAGUCUUUCUGAGCAGCGAAAACACGAAGCGAGCCGUGCUAAAAGAGAGAUUUAAGCGUUAUGUGGACAAUAUCGCCUACGUAAAGCAGGAAAACGGGGAGAAAGUGGUGUGUUUGAAGAAGAAAUACAGAUACCCGGAGGUACGCAGCGGGCGCGCGCAGGAUGAGAAGCCCUUUAAUGAUGCUGAAGAUGAAGACAUCAACAGGGGAAUCAAAGCAUUGCAUUUCGAAGAGAACGCCAGCGUGCAUGAAGAAAUUGGUGAUCUGAAAGCUGUGAGAGAUGCUGAAGAGGAGCUCUGUGUGUCGGACAUCGCACUGAUUGAGAAAGACGAAAUUGUGCAUGAAAACGAUGUCAAACCAGAUGGUCCUGAGCUCUCUGAUGCCCGGUCAACAGGAGAGGCUGGGGUAGGCAGGGCUUCCGUCACGCCACAGGUCAUCGUUAAUCGACGGAGAACAUCCAGGGGAUCUCAGCGGAGUCUGCUGGGCUCUUCUGAGGAUGGAGCACAUGAUGCACUGCCUGAGGAUAGCAGCACCCCAAAAUGCAGCCGCAAGAACUUCAUAGAGCUCAUGAUGAGCAGUUCUCCACAGGUGAGACGCUCACUGGUGCACCGUAACUCCCAAGGGCAGAUGUCAGCCAGGAACAGUGACUUCAGAAUGUCAUCUGUGGACGAGGAUUGUGCUUUGGUAACUUUAGACCCACUGGAACACGAGUGGAUGAUGUGCACGGCAGAUGGUGAGUGGGACAGUCUGCAGAGGCUGCUCGAGUGUGAUCCCACGCUCAUCUCCAAGAAGGACUUCGUCACGGGGUUCACGUGUCUGCACUGGGCGGCCAAGCAAGGCAGACACGAGCUUUUCGCAAUGCUGGUGGAUUUCGCCAAACGGCACAGCGUCACCGUCAAUGUAAACACUCGAUCCAGCGCCGGCUACACGCCUCUGCACCUGGCAGCCAUGCACAAUCAUAAAGAGGUCAUGAAGCUUCUGGUGGGAGCGUAUGAUGCUGAUGUGGAUGUGAGGGAUUACAGUGGGAAGAAAGCGGCGCAGUACCUCCGCUCCAGCGUCACAGGCGACAUCAGGGACAUCGUAGGAGCCUGUCCGAACUCUGACACAGAGAACGCAUCCGGAGCCGGGCGAUGGAAGCUUCCUAAAGUCCUGCAGUCUAAUCUCAACCCUCUACGGUUACUAAACCACCCUGAGGAGAUGACGGCCGACGCUCAGCCCAGGCCCAAAUCUCUGUACCGGAAAUCCUCCAUCGGACGCAUCAGACUACAGAGAAACCGCUUCAAGACGCAGAUCGUCCACAGCACAUCAUUCAGAGAGAACCAGGAAGGAGAGGAGAUGCUCAAGAGCCCGGUCAAAUCCAGACCCAUAUCCAACCUGUUCGGCUGAGCCGGAAAUGUGAAUGAAAGAGACAUAUGCAAAGACAUCAUUACUCUGAGAUCAACUGAGCAGCUUGUUUACUGCGUGGUAAAACGAAGAAAAUUGAUUGAAACUGAACAAUACCAGUUUCAACAAUUUGAAAAUUACAAAUAAAUGAAUAAAAAAAAUAGAUGUAGUGAAAAAAAAAAUACAAAUAGGAAUACAUCUAACAAUACUUCUACAAAGUUUAUUAGUCUUAAUGUUUAUUUCCUAAUUUACUGAAACAUUUUAAAAUUAAAAGUUGUAUUUGUUAACAUUAGUUAAAAAUAUUGCUCCUUGUUAGUUGAUGUUAGCUGGAGAGUAAUGUGUUACCGAAAAAAGCACAAUCAUGUCAUAUUUUACACAUAUUUAUAAUAUUGAUUUUUUUAGCUUGUGUACUUGGGUCUUUAUACCUUUUAUAUUUUAGGAUGGAUGAGGACUAGCAACUGGAACAAAUUUUAAUGCAAUCAUCUCCUUUAUCAAUUUAUGCACUACUGUUUUAUUAUAACGGAGCUCUUAAGUCAUGUAGAUGUAAUGUAUGUUAUUUUGAGUGGAUAUUUUCACGGAUGCACUUUUGCGUGUCAUGAUAUCCUGCUGCUGUUGCAUGUGAGUGUUCUCCUGCGCUCCUGUUUUAGUCGCUGUGCCUUUAAUGAUCUUCUUCCAGAUGCAGGAACCAACAUGUCUUGAGACUGUUAUCCUAUAAAUGUGAUUCAUUGUGUUUAUGUACCGUAGGUGGUGUUUAAAAAGCUGCUGUUUAAAUGGUUUAAGACGGAGUCUGAUUCCAUGGAAAGGAACAGUUCACCCCAAACACUGCAGUGAAUGGGUGCCGUCAGAACAAGAGCUGAAACAUCACAAUAAUCCACAAGCAGCCUCUCUAGUCAUCUCUUGAGAACACAAAUCCAUCAAGACGUUUUUAACUAAGAUACGAGUCCAUAAUAACUUUAAUCAUUUUAGGGUGAACUGUUCUUUUAAUAACUCAUGAGCCAUUACAUUGGCAUUGCACUUUUACCUAAUCAAACUAAGCUUUAUAGUACUUUAAUCACUAAUUACUAGCGAUCCCAAAUACUAAUAUUCCAAAUGUGUUUUCAGUCAUUCUCUAAAGUGCCUUUAUUGAUAAUGAAAAGUCAUUUUAGGCACUUGUAUAUUAAUAAUAUUUUAAAACACCCAGAAAAUCUGAAUCAGAAGAGGUUUAUUACCAAGUAUGUUUACACACACAUGUUAUUUGUCUUGAAGACAGGAGCUUCCAGUGUAGAAGAGAGUACAAACAUAGUGCAGACAUACGGAGGAAUAACACAGUAGGGAUGUAAUAUAACAUUAAUAUAUGUGGAAAAUGUGCUCAGUGUUCCUUAAAUACAAACUAUUGAAACCAACUGGAUGUUUAUGUUUCCUGAAGAGAGUGUCAGUGGUGUUUGGUGUUGUGAUGCAGUUGCUAGGGUGCUCCAGCUGGUUGCUAGGUGACAUCAGUGUUGCUGUGUGCAGUUGCUAAGGUGCCCCAGCUGGUUCCUAAGUGAUGUCAGGGUUGCUGUGCAGUUGCUAAGGUGCCCCAUCUGAUUGCUAAGUGAUGUUAUUGUUGCUAUGCAGUUGCUAGGGUGCUCCAGCUGGUUGCUAGGUGAUGUUAGUGUUGCUGUGCAGUUGCUAGGGUGCUCCAGCCGGUUGCUAGGGGUUGUUAGUGCUGCUGUGCUGUUGCCUCAACCGGUUGCUAAGUGAUGUUAGUGUUGCUAUGCAGUUGCUAGGGUGCUCCAGCUGGUUGCUAGGUGAUGUCAGUGUUGCUAUGCAGUUGCUAGGGUGCCCCAGCUGGUUGCUAGGUGAUGUUAGUGUUGCUGUGCAGUUGCUAGGUGAUGUUAAUGUUGCUAUGCUGUUGCUAGGGUGCUUGAGUUGGUUCCUAGGUGACGUCAGUGUUGCUGUGCAGUUGCUAGGGUGCCCCAUCUGAUUGCUAAGUGAUGUUAUUGUUGCUAUGCAGUUGCUAGGGUGCUCCAGCUGGUUGCUAGGUGAUGUUAGUGUUGCUGUGCAGUUGCUAGGGUGCUCCAGCCGGUUGCUAGGGGUUGUUAGUGCUGCUGUGCUGUUGCCUCAACCAGUUGCUAAGUGAUGUUAGUGUUGCUAUGCAGUUGCUAGGGUGCUCCAGCUGGUUGCUAGGUGAUGUCAGUGUUGCUAUGCAGUUGCUAGGGUGCCCUAGCUGGUUGCUAGGUGAUGUUAGUGUUGCUGUCCAGUUGCUAGGUGAUGUUAAUGUUGCUAUGCUGUUGCUAGGGUGCUUGAGUUGGUUGCUAGGUGACGUCAGUGUUGCUGUGCAGUUUCUAGGGUGCCCCAACUGAUUGCUAAGUGAUGUUACUGUUGCUAUGCAGUUGCUAGGGUGCCCCAGACGGUUGCUAAGUGAUGUUACUGUUGCUAUGCAGUUGCUAGGGUCCUCCAGCUGAUUGCUAAGUGAUGUUACUGUUGCUAUGCAGUUGCUAGGGUGCUACAUCUGAUUGCUAGGUGAUGUCGUACUGUCUCUGUGAUGUUUUGCUCAGUCAUGUAGAGUAAUGAUUCCUGACUUGGCAAACUGCACUAAUUAACUGCUGCUCUUAAAUGACAGUGUUGUUAACCAGCUGCUGUCACUCUAUUAUUUAUCAGACGUCAACUAUCUGAUGCGAAGACAUUCAGGAAGCACUAAACUUUCAAGGUGGGGUCCGAAAUGUGUGAAAACUUUUGUUCUGUUCGUCAUCCUGUAAGAAUGUUGUUUCAUUAAGUUUGUUGUCACACAGAUUAUUACUUUCCUUUCUCGUGAAAUCUGAUAGAUGAGCUAUGCAGCUAAUCUUGUGUAAAUCAGGUACGACUGCUUUUUCUGCCUGGAAGCUGUGAAGGCGCUGACUCCCACACCUGUCCUGACACAUUCGCAGUGCUUCCUUACUGUUAGGAACCUUUCUUGUUUUUAUGCAACAACAUGCAUUUGACUUUGCUUUAUCAAAAAUAAAUCGUGCACUCCUGGGUAAUGAA